AUGGCGCUCGACUUCGACACGAAACAAAUGAGCGACAAAUCAAGCAACAACAUCUCCUCACGCGACGAGGUUGACCUGGCAGAUCAAGAGAAAGCGCAACUUGGACACGUGCCUGUACCGACAGAGCCAGCGACGGCCUCACCGAUACACAGACUCGAUUCGAAAGUACCAAAACGGAAAGAUGAAGAGCAAGGUGAACAGGACCCGUUCGCGCAUCUCCCAGAACACGAAGCUGCCAUUCUCAAGAGACAAUUGGUGAUCCCUCCAGUGAAGGUCACCUAUUUCCAGCUAUUCAGAUAUGCCACUCCAUGGGAUGUGGCCAUCAUGUUCUUGAGUGGUAUUUGUGCGAUAGUUGCUGGUGCUGCGCUCCCUCUCAUGACCGUUAUUUUCGGUAACCUAGCUGGCACAUUCCAAGGCUUCUUCCUAGGCACUGUCACUAGACAAGACUUCUCAGACGAGAUCGGCCGAUUGACGCUCUACUUCGUCUACUUGGCCAUCGGAGAGUUCGUAACAACAUAUGUCCAAACUGUCGGAUUCAUCUACACGGGAGAGCACAUUAGCGGAAAGAUCCGACAGCAAUACUUGGCCAGUAUCUUGAGGCAGAACAUUGGAUACUUCGACAAAUUGGGCGCAGGAGAGAUCACCACACGAAUCACCGCAGACACGAAUUUGGUCCAAGAUGGCAUCUCAGAGAAGAUUGGCUUGACCUUGGCAGCCCUCUCGACUUUCGUCGCUGCAUAUAUCAUUGGAUACAUCAAGUACUGGAAGCUCACCCUGAUUUUGACAUCGACAAUUGUGGCAAUCUUCAUCACCAUGGGUGGUCUUGGACAAUUCAUCGUCAAGUGGAACAAGGCUGCGCUCUCGUCCUACGCUGAGGGCGGCACAGUGGUUGAGGAAGUCAUCAGCUCCAUCCGCAACGCCAUCGCUUUCGGGACCCAGGACAAGCUUGCGCUCGAGUAUGACAAGCACCUAAGCAAUGCUGAGAAGUCGGGCUUCAAGACGAAGGCCAUCACUGGCUCCAUGAUAGGCAUCCUCAUGCUCUUUACCUAUCUGACGUACUCACUGGCCUUCUGGCUAGGCAGUCGGUACAUCGUCAGCGGUGAGACCGACCUUUCUGCUCUUCUGACAAUUAUCUUGUCAAUCAUGAUCGGUGCUUUUUCGCUUGGCAAUGCGGCGCCCAAUGCCGAGGCCUUCACUACUGCUAUCGCAGCAGCUGCCAAGAUCUACGGCACAAUUGACAGAGCCUCCCCGCUUGACCCAACCUCGACUGCUGGCGACACAAUCAAGCAGCUCGAAGGAGUGGUUGAGCUCCGGAAUGUCAAGCACAUCUAUCCUUCGCGCCCAGAAGUUGUUGUCAUGGAGGAUGUGAGUCUCACAGUUCCGGCGGGCAAGACCACCGCCCUGGUAGGUGCUUCAGGAUCUGGCAAGAGUACCAUUGUUGGUCUCGUCGAACGAUUUUACGACCCGGUUGGCGGCGAGGUCCUUCUCGACGGCGUCAAUGUACAGAAGCUCAAUCUGCGUUGGUUGCGGCAGCAGAUCAGCUUGGUGUCCCAAGAGCCAACACUAUUCGCCACGACCAUUGCAGGCAACAUUCGACAUGGUCUCAUCGGCACACCGCAUGAACACCUUUCCGAAGAGGAGACGCGCGAGCUGGUGGAAGCUGCCGCCAAGAAGGCGAACGCACACGACUUCAUCUGCGCUUUGCCGGAAGGCUACGAGACCCAUGUUGGCGAGCGCGGAUUCCUACUAUCAGGUGGCCAGAAGCAACGCAUUGCAAUUGCAAGAGCCAUCGUCAGUGACCCCAAGAUUCUUCUCCUGGAUGAGGCCACAUCGGCGCUUGAUACCAAGAGCGAGGGUGUGGUGCAAGCCGCACUGGACAAAGCAGCUCAAGGGAGAACCACCAUCGUCAUCGCCCAUCGUCUCAGCACUAUCCGAGAUGCUGACAACAUCGUUGUGAUGGUCCGAGGUCGCAUCGUUGAACAAGGCACGCACAAUGAGCUUCUCGAGAAGAAGACUGCCUACUACAAUCUGGUCGAGGCUCAGAGAAUCGCGGCCGAAAAUGAUCAGAAUCGGGAAUUUGAGGCAGAAGAGGAAGAUGGAGACAGGAGUGCAGUACUCGACGAAAAGGAUGGCGAUGCCAAGACAACGGCGCAGUGGUCCCUUGUCGAGGAUCCGAAUGAUCUCGAGCUUCGCCGAAGCCGAACACGAAACUCGAUCUCCAGUCAAGUUCUUGCCGAGAAAGGUCAGCGCAACUCCAGUCACUACCACCUUUGGACGCUCAUCAAAUUGGUUGGCUCCUUCAACAGAACCGAAUGGCAUCUCAUGCUUUUCGGCCUGUUCGCAUCUAUCAUCUGUGGUGCCGGCUACCCAGUCCAGGCCGUCUUCUUUGCCAAAUGUAUCAAUGCGCUUUCAGUCACGCCCUCGCAGUACGGGGAGCUCCGAUCGGCAGCGAAUUUCUGGUCUUGGAUGUACUUCAUGCUGGCUUUCGUUCAGCUCCUCGCAUAUCUUGCGCAGGGUGUUGUCUUCGCUUGGUGCAGCGAAAGGCUUGUUCACAGAGCACGAGACAAGUCGUUCCGAUCCAUGCUAAGACAGGACAUUGCUUUCUUCGACAGGGACGAAAACUCAUCAGGCGCUCUGACGUCGUUCCUCAGCACUGAGACCACCCACCUUGCGGGAAUGUCUGGUGUCACUCUCGGCACGAUUCUGCUCGUUUUCACCACCUUGGUUGUCGGGUUCAUCAUCUCACUUGCGAUUGGCUGGAAGUUGGCACUCGUCUGCAUCGCCACCGUCCCAAUCGUGCUUGGUUGUGGCUUCCUCCGUUUCUGGAUGCUUACCAGAUUCCAAGCUCGCGCGAAGAAGGCCUACGAGAAAUCUGCUUCAUACGCUUGCGAGGCCACUUCGGCCAUCCGCACCGUCGCAUCUCUCACCAGAGAAGACGAUGUCUGGCAGCAUUAUCACGGCCAGAUCGAGGCUCAAGAGGCUGAAUCUCUUCGCUCUGUGGUUCAGUCCAGCGCACUGUACGCUGCCUCGCAAAGUUUGAUGCUCUGCUGCAUUGCUCUUGGUUUCUGGUACGGAGGCACUUUGAUCGGCAAGGGCGAGUACAACCUCUUCCAAUUCUUCUUGUGUUUCUCCGCUGUCAUCUUCGGCGCGCAAUCUGCUGGUACCAUCUUUAGUUUUGCUCCCGAUAUGAGCAAGGCCAAGCACGCAGCUGCUGAGAUGAAGACUCUCUUCGAUCGCAAGCCGGAAAUCGACACCUGGUCUAAGGAAGGCGAGAUGGUCUACUCCAUGCAAGGCGACAUCGAAUUCCGUGAUGUGCAUUUCCGCUACCCAACUCGACCCGAGCAACCAGUGCUUCGUGGCCUUGAUCUGCAAGUGCGAGCAGGCCAAUAUGUCGCGCUAGUCGGCGCAUCAGGAUGUGGAAAGUCGACGACCAUUGCAAUGCUCGAGCGCUUCUACAAUCCACUUGCUGGAGGCAUCUAUGUGGACGGCAAGGAGAUCUCAUCACUCAAUGUCAACUCCUACCGCAGUCACCUGGCGCUUGUCUCACAAGAACCUACCCUCUACCAAGGCACGAUCCGCGAGAACAUCCUCCUGGGCGCAGACAAGAAACCAGAGGACGUCCCAGAAGAAGCAAUCAUUCAAGCCUGCAAGGACGCCAAUAUCUACGACUUCAUCAUGUCCCUCCCAGACGGCUUCCAAACCGUCGUCGGCUCCAAAGGCUCCAUGUUAUCCGGAGGUCAAAAGCAACGUGUAGCCAUCGCUCGCGCACUCCUCCGCGACCCAAAGAUCUUAUUGCUCGACGAAGCGACUUCAGCCCUCGACUCCGAAUCCGAAAAAGUCGUGCAAGCAGCUCUCGACAAAGCGGCGAAGGGCCGCACCACGAUUGCCGUGGCACACAGACUUUCUACAAUCCAGAAGGCAGAUAUGAUCUAUGUUUUCGACCAAGGACGGAUCGUUGAGAACGGGACACACAGCGAACUUCUUGCGAAGAAAGGGCGGUACUUUGAGCUGGUUAAUUUGCAGAGUCUUUCCAAGACUCAUUAGAAGGAGUAAUUGUAUUAGAAAUUUUUAUAGCGAGGCGUUGGGAGGUUCAGAUUCG